GUGAGGAGGAAGCAGGAGGGAGAGGUGGCGGUGGAUCUACUUCGCCGAAGGGACAAGACUCGCCGUCAAGCGUUGAUUUGCGUAUAAACUAAAGCUGAACAAGAAGAUAAGAUGCACCACGUGCACGUAUGUAAGCUGCCGUAAAGAUGUAUCGUCGGCAUUUUCAAUUUCAGAGGCAGCUGCCGUGUGGUGCGCUUUAUUCUUUGUUCGUGUGGUCGCUAGUUGUAAAUUGUACGUAAAGAAAUCCAGUCUGCGUUGAUGUUUUUGUACUUACUGAAAAAAAUCCACCCCGCCAGGUCCUGGCGCUUCGAAACUGCUGCAGGCUGCAGCUCCCCUAGCCAAACGCGUGUACGUAUCCUGUGUAAAAACGUCCCCGCCCCAGAGUUGUCAUACAAAUGUGCAAUGACAGGAACACUUGGAAUGCGCAUCUCCAUGAGACGCAUUUCCAGUCAUGUUUUGGCAUUUGUAAUGCUGUGAACAGGAUGAGAAAAGGCUUUUUCAUGCCGCUUUCCUUGCCAGCCAGCACUACACUGCAGAUCGAAACUUGUCAUGCAGAACUCCCAAAGCUGGGGGAUUUGUGUUGCAGACUUGCCAUCUUGACUAUCUAUGGUGUGGGGACGUUUUUACGAAGGAUAGUACGAAAAGUGCCAGGAGAUCGCGGACGUGGAGCGCAAGUGCACCCUGCUGCUCGCGUUUUUCCGAAGGUACCCCUACUUCCGAACGCCCUGCUGCAACGCCGCUAUGUGUUUCAAGUGCAAGACCGCGGAGUGGCACCCCGGGCAGACCUGCGAGCAGCGCAUGCGCGACGGGCUGGGCAUCACGAAGCGCGGC